GUGACAUUUAAUGUUCCUAUAUUUUGCAUCCGUGUGCAAAAUUCAAUUGAUCAGUCAGUAGUGGAUUAGUACUGAUUGCAAGCAUGGAAAAAAAGGAGUUAUGCUGAAAUAAUUAGCACAGCGUACAAAAAGGAGAUUUUGCAUUUCUGACAGAAGCACCAAUAGCUAAAAGAUUCCUCGAGAGGAAAGGAGCCAAGCGCAUCUGAAUAACCUUCCAAGUAGUUUAAGUAUUUUCAUUAAGUGCCGUUUUAACUUUACACACGGAAACUUAAGCAGGGAGGUUCCAAUUGCUUCCGACCGCCUUUUCCCAGCUGAGUGGGACGCGAGGCGUUCGACAGGAGCGUCCCUUGAUGACGGAAACCUGUGCCAGUUGAAUUUCUGCCUACACUUAAAGACGCAAAAGCUCUGUCGGGAUCACAAGACCCCAAAGGCAACAUUGGAUAAAUCCUGCUGUGCAUUGGAGGGCUUUUCUUCGUGACCAGCCCCUUCCGCCAACUGAGGAGGGGGAGAGAGAGAAGUCCGGCCACCCAGUUCCCCUUGCAGAAGUUUGCUGGACCUGCUGCUCUCCUCCCUCCCUCCCGCUUCCGAAGCCGGAGCACGAGGCAGGGCUCGCCCACGCCCACCCCACCCCCGGCUACCCCGCCAGCGGCAGGGAGUGGGUGGCGUCGUCGUCGUCGAGCCCCGAGUGGGCCGGGCUCGGACGGAGCUUGCUUCGCUGCGCCAUGGGCGCCCCCUCGAGCGCGCGCUCCUGCCUCCUGAGCGGCCUCCUCCUGGCCGCCGCGCUGCCUUUCCAAGGAGCAGCUGCAGACGGUAAGGAGCGGGCUCCUCCUCCCUCUCUUCUCCCCGCUAGUCCCGGCCGGGCGCGCCAAGGGAAUGCGGGGCUGGCAGCGGGGCGAGGGGGUUCCUCUUCUUCGCGGCCUCCGGGUUGCGCUUCCCCGGCUCGCCCGCGCGCCCUCCUCUCCUGCCUGCAGGGCCGUUGCCCAGGGAAGCUCUCCCCGCGUGGCGAGAAACGUGGAUGUCCCUCACGCGCAGGGCUCGCAGCGCGACCUCGCUGGGAGAGUGUGGCGCAGUGGGUAAAGCGGCAAGGACUUGGUGGGGAAACCUGGCUUCAGAUUCGGAACUCGCCCAUAGACCUCCUUAGGUUUCCCUGAAGCACUUUUUCCAUAUCAUUUAGCUUGGGGGGGGGAGUUAUUGGGAGACCAGUAUGGUGCCCCUAAGCUCACAGGGGCUACAAAUAAAUAAGGUAAACAAACGCUGUUUAGUUAGAAGAAUUUGAAUAAAUAAAAUGCUUUUUCCCAAUUAUGCAUUCUCUCUCAAGUGAACAUUUGUAGGGUUGUCGCCUGAAUCUGAGGCAGGGCAACAUGUGACCCACUUUCACAUUUGGUUUUUACUUCAUGUUGGUAAUGCACAUUACAAAUGGCAAUUUACAGAGCAAUUUGCUUAGGGUUACCCUAGUUAGCCUUCCUACCAUGGGCAAAGCCAAGAGAGGGCAGCAAUAGAAACACUUACCAAACUGAAGUUCUCCCCCCCCCAACAAAAGCUUGCCUCCAAAACAGAACCCUGCCCCCCAUGUCCUCUUUGGGGAGGCAUCCUUUUAAAAAAAUUCAAAGGAAAUGUCAACAAUUUUUUGUGUGAUCUAAAAAACAACUUUUUGGGGCCCCCUAUCAAAAAUCCUGGCUAGGCCUAUGCUUUCUACUAAAUUAAAACCAUCAGAAAAAUGCAGAAAAGGUCUCCUUUUGAGCAGUCUCAGCUGGAGUCCAACAUAGUAGCAACUGCUUUGCUGCAGCUGCACCUGGUGUGAGCUAGAGGAACCAGUGGCCUGGCAGCUUACUGGCUUAAACUAUGGCUUAUUGUGAUUGUGCAAAAUUGAAAGCUCCUAGAGGAACUCCGCUCUGUACCCCCCCCUUUUUUUUUGCACCUGCACCGCACUGAGCUAUGUCUAGGUUGGACUUAGCAUGUCUUCCAAACCUGGGCUCCUAGCUCACCUCACUUACCAGGAGCUGCAGCCAGAAUUUGGCUCAUAUUUUAUUAGGUGUAAAGGGAUUUCCCAAUGGAAAACCAUUACUUUCCUGAAGGCUUGGGAACUAGGGUUUCUCAUUAAAAAACAACAAGGUAUAAAGUAUGUAUAGCAGAUAAAAUGUCAAGUUAUAAUACAAGAGAUGAAGUUGUUGGAUCAAAAUCUCUCAUACACUACACAAUUUCUGCCCUCGGCAGCAUGAUUUCUACUGGAUCCUGAAGGAUGUAAACUGGACCAAAGGUCCCACAGUCUAGGCCAGGGGUCGGCAAAGUUUUGUGGCUUGGGCCGGUUCACCGUCCUGCAGACGCCACGGUGGGCUGGAGUGCGUACGCAUGCUCAAACGCUGUUUCCAGCGCUCCUUCCGGCACAGAGGCGUACGCAGCUUCCCAUUGGCUGCAGGAGCUUCCUGCAGCCAAUGGGAAGGCGGCCAGCGUCACGGAAGGCGGUCCCCACUCUGCUCCGCGCCAGUUUAGCGUGGCGCACAGGAGCUAACCGAGUGAGCGGCGAGGGUCCAUAGGCCGGAUAAAUGACCCCCAUGGGCCGCUUGUGGCCCAUGGGCCUUAGGUUGCCAACCCCUGGCCUAGGCAAUGGUUUCUGCCUUUGUGGGGUAUAGCCCCCUGUAAAAAGAGGGGAGGAUGUCCAGCCAUCAAAUGUAUUAAAAUAUAUUUGUAAGUGUGUUCUAGUUUUAAGUUUUGCUUUACAUUUUAGUAUGAGCAUGAACUGGAGAACCUGUAAUUUAAUAUAAUACAUUUUAAUUCAGAAAACUGUUUCAAAACGUAUUUUAGAGACCUGUUCUCUUUAGGACAGAUUCCCCCAACAACUCUGUAUUGUUGGUUGGUCAGGAUGAGGGAGGGAUUGUAUUUGGUUCAUCUGUCCAGAGCUGAAUGAAAGGGGGGGGAGGUGGAAGAGGGAAGAGGUUUUGCCAGGAUGAGAUAAUACAUACCAAGAUAUAUCAUGUGACCCACAAGCUUUUAAGGCUUCAUCAUCACAGGAAACAAAUCGGACAAUGGGCAAAUUAAUUUCCUGUUUUCUCCAUAAGGAGAUUAAAAAGACUUGCAUUACUCUGGGUAGUUGUUUGUUUGAAGUCCAUUUGGCUAGUGCACAGAUGUUGAGAAAACAUGAGUCAAAGUAAACAAAACCUCCAGUCUCAUGGCCUGAAAAGAAACACUUUCUUUUUCUGUUUCUCCCUAUUUUGGUUGUUGAGAGCUAUUUCAAGAAUCAUAUAGACAUUAAUUCCUAUAUCCACUGCUAAAAUUAUUUGUAUGUGUAGGUGCGAGGGUGUGUGUGAUCCUGGUUUCAUUUUGAGGCUAUCUAUAUGCGUAGAUAUACUGUGACUCUUUUCAGGAUCAGAGCUUAAUUGUUGAAAUGCUUAGCAACAAGGGAAAAUUCAUUGACCACAGGGGUGGGCCAAAAAAAAGGUAGGCCACAGGAUUAGAUGCAGUAGAUCUGUCAGUGUUUUCAACUGUUAUUUUCUGAAGUGAGGUGUUAAGACUCCUUGGCUUGUAGCAACUGGGAUGCAGAUUGGUCAGCUAAGGCUGCUAGCCUUACUUACCCAGGAAACAAUUUGAUAGGACUUGCUUCUGAGCACACAUGGUUGGGAUUAAACUCUGAAGUCUGUUGCCCAAAUACUGCAGCGAGUAAUUGACUCUACCUUCUGAGAAGACAACACUUUGUCCCUGGCUCUGCACCACUCUAUUCCAGAAGGGAAAAAAAAAGUUCCAGGAAAAAGAAAAAAAAGCUAGCAGAUUCUGCAAGAUCCUCAUCCCUGAAUUAGGGCAUUUUUUUGUUUAGCAUUUUGAAGUGGGAAGACCAUGGCUAAAAGGAGAACAAUGCAUCCACUGGCAGCUGCACCCAUCUAAUAUAUAUGUAGCCUUGCUAAGCAGUGGAGAGAGUCACUCUAAUUUGAAAAAAAGAAGUGUGUCGAAUACAAGUGCUUACUAUUAUAUGUGGACAGUUAUUUGAAAUAAUAGUUAAUUUUUUCAAACUUAAAGAAUGGAUUUCUCACUCCCCAGCACUGUAAUGUAUACCUUUCAUUUGUUUUGUCUUUAUCGACAUCCUUUAGGGAUUAACAAAAAACAGCUGGAGCAUAGGGCUGGAGAACGUAGAUCUCUUGCAUUAUGCUGACUCCCUCAAGUUUUGCAGCAGAAGCAGCAGGCUAUCAUAUUCCAUGUACGUUCUGGACUUUCUCUGCUUGGAAGAGCUUUAUGAAAUUGAGCUUAGAUGUAUAGGGAAGAGCUGAAAAGUCCCAGAUUCAGGCCUUGGCAUCUCCAGAAGCAGCUGGUCAAGAGUCUUGUCUAAAACCUUAGAGAGCUGCUGCCAGUAGUCUUCCUGUGUUUCUUUGAAACUUUAUGAACCAGAGACUUUUGUACCAUCAAAACUGUUCAACCAACAGCUAUUGUUUUUCUGACCCUUGGGUAGUUUCCCUUAUCUCAUGUGUGUUGCUCCAUCCAUCCUCCUAGGGUCUUGUACAGGGACCACAUAACCCAGUCUCAGCCCACCUACCUUCACACAUUACUACGCAUCCAAUGGAAAGGAGAGUUUAUCACUAUAUUUUAGCACAGUGCAGAAAGCCAGCCUCCGCAGUCUUUAGGAAGCAGGGUGAGCGCUGGCAUAAAGGAAGCAUUUCUUGUCGUGGCAAGGAACGUUUAAGAAAAAACAAGCCCAAGACAAAAGCUACAAAGUUUUAUUUCCAGAAUACAUACUGCAUUUUUAACAUUUUAACAUGGUUACAUGAAAUCAAAGGAGUGUUGGCGGUUUGGCUGCAUCUUGCCAUAUGUAACUGGACAUGUUAUUUUUAAAAUCGUUGUAGUAUUACCAGUUCUUUCUUUUCAAAAUGAAAGUAUAUAAAGUAUGCCAUCUGUUUGUUGCCCUAGACAUAUGGUACCCAUAUUUGUUUUUCCCCCCUGGAAGGGGUGAAGUAGAUUCUUUGGUCAGUGAGUAUUUCUGUAACUAUAAACAAUGUUUUAUAGUUGAAAACAGGGCUUUGGUGUUAGCCUACACUUUAAAUGAAUAUCUGUCAUAACUUCUGUUAGAUGGCUGUCUGUUUUCUUGAUUGUAGGCAAAACACAAAGAUUUUAAACUGCUGCUUCUGUCGUCAAUUAUUUUGAUGGAGAGAGAGAGCUCUGUAGAGCUUACAGUAUUAACUCCUUUUUUUGGCCAUGUUAUCCAAUUUUUCGUACAGGUAGGCCCAUUAUAAUUAAUAGGUUUAAGUCUAUUGAUUUCUAUGGGUCUACUCUAAAUAUGACUUAGUUGUAUAUCACCCACAUAUAUAAAGUUAUAGACAGAGGUUUUUAGUGGAGAUUAAUGGAAACUUGAUUCAACCAUGGGUUUUGUACUCUUCUCAUCCUAUGGAAAUCACUGGAAAAUCCAGCCUAGGGUGGAUUAUAUCCAUAAAGCGACCACAGCUUAUAUCCAUAAAGUUGUGAAAGACUUCUUCCACACACGGUGUUUUGGUUUCAGCAAGCCAGUGGUAACCCACAUAUAUGAGAUGUGCAGGCUGCCAGUAGUUAGGAACGAUAGUAAGAAAUGUUACAUUGGAUCUGUUGCAUUCUUACUUGCUUUGCCAUCUAUAAAACAGAAAUAAGGUGAACAGUGCAUAUAGUUAUGGGUCUAUACGUUGCUAGUCUGUUGUAUAGAAAAAGUUGUUCAGAUCAAGACUAAUUGACACUAACUGUUCUCUUGCAGAGCUGAACUGAUUUUAGGAUCUCCCCCCCCCCUCUUUUUGUACUUCUUUCCCCUUGCAAAAUGUUCCAAAAGCAAAUUUUAUUUGUGCCCUUGGAAGAGAAGGAAAAACACACAAACACAAAAUGUACUUAGUUCCUUUUAAACUGUUCUUUGUGGUUUUGAACACGGACAAGCAAUUUUUCAUCUUAAACAGAGCUGAAAGUGCCACUGCAGUACAAACCCGCUAAUGUUUUUUGCAAGGCAACAGUUUCUGUAAAUCUUCUUCUUCGCCAAACCUUUUUAGGCAUUACAAAUAUAGGCCAUCACAAAGCAUCCAUAUAUAAAAUUUUAAAAUAUAUACAAAUAUACAGCCAUGUAAAACAUGUAAUAAUAAGGAUUUUCAUUGGAGUUUCUUCCCGCUAAUUAGUGCCAUUCACCACUCUUAAGAGAAACAAAAACUCAGCCACCUUUGCAGUUACUUCCAGGUUAAUGUCAGAUGGAUAAAAUCUGAUAUUUUCAUUGUGCCGUGAUGUAAAUAACAAGUUCUGUUUCCAGCAGGCAUAUCUGACUUCACACCAAGCAAAUAGUUAUAAUAACUAAAGCAAAGAAGAAAAACCUUUACUGCUGAUUGGCAUUCUUUCUCUCUUUCUUUUUAAAGAAAAGCACAUAUAUUGAGUCAUUUUUAUUUCAUUAUCCCUGACCAUUGGGACCAGAGGGGAUUCUGAGCUAACAUCUGGAAAGCCAUGGGUUUUUCAUACCUGGCUUUAAAAUAUCCCACCCUAUUUCACAAACACUCAGUGCGGUAGUAAAAUAAUUAGGGCUGUUGCUAUUUUCAUAUAUAUAUAUAUAUAAAGUUGUUUUAUCAUGGAAUUAGUGGGUUGAUUAAAUCAGCAUAUACUUUCCAUCUCCCUCCCCCCCCCCCCAAAAAAAAACCCAGUUGGGGAAGAUGCCACCGCCACUAUGGGACCUCAAUCCUUAUUGAGCUUUUUUUUAGGGUUCCCACCCACUUUGGUGUUUUCACCUAAAUAUGUAAAUUUCAUACUUUGGCAAACCUGAAGUUUUCCCCAACCCUGCUGAUACUUCUGCCUUGUUCAAAGAUGUGCCUGUUGUAAGUGCAUAUGCAAAGGCUUUCACAGCCUGAGCAUGAGAUAUAGAGGAAAUUCAUCAAAUGCUGCUUGACUUUUCCUGUCUUUCCUUAUACUUCUAGUACAAGGAGGAGGACGCCAGUUUAGCUCUGAUCAACUUACUGUGAUUUUUUUUAUGCCGGUUAAUUAGCAGUGGCCUUUGCAAUAUAGGUGGUGCUAUAGCUGUCCAGGAAAACACUUUGGAUGAGACAAGACUUAGAGGAGAGAGCCUUGAAUUUAUAAGAAGGCUGUUCCAAGUAAUUUAGAGCCUAACUAAAGAUGAUGAUGGAGAUCCACAGCUAGAUAUCUUGCUUCUAAGCUUCUUAGCAAAUAGAAGCUUCUACCAGAAAUGAUCACUGCAUGAUCACUGCAGAUGGUGACAGCAGUCAUGAAAUUAAAAGACGCCUGGUUCUUGGGAGAAAAACAAUGACAAACCUAGACAGCAUCUUAAAAAGCAGAGACAUCGCCUUGCAAACAAAGGCCCGUAUAGUUAAAGCUAUGGCUUUCCCAGUAGUGAUGUAUGGAAGUGAGAGCUGGACCAUAAAGAAGGCUGAUAGCCGAAGAAUUGAUGCUUUUGAAUUAUGGUGCUGGAGGAGACUCUUGCGAGUCCCAUGGACUGCAAGAAGAUCAAACCUCUCCAUUCUGAAGGAAAUCAGCCCUGAGUGCUCACUGGAAGGACAGAUCCUGAAGCUGAGGCUCUAAUACUUUGGCCACCUCAUGAAAAGACCCCCUGGAAAAGACCCUGAUGUUGGGAAAGAUGGAGGGCACAAGGAGAAGGGGACGACAGAGGACGAGAUGGUUGGACAGUGUUCUCAAAGCUACCAGCAUGAGCUUGACCAAACUGCGGGAGGCAGUGGAAGACAGGAGUGCCUGGCGUGCUCUGGUCCAUGGGGUCACGAAGAGUCGGACAGGACUAAACAACAACCAGAAGUGGGGGAUUUGGGUAGGAACUGUGGUGCUAAGAGAGGGUAGGUUAAAAUUUUCCCCAGUACCAUUUUACCUAUGAAAAACUCUGUUUGCUUCCAUGAGCUGCAACUCCCCCCCCCCCCCAUUGCAAGUAUCCUCUAAAGAGGCAAAUAGCCAGCGGGGGUUGAUUUUUCCUUAGAAAAAAGUGCUGGGGAAAAUGAUGGAAAUGUCCAGAUCCAACUCAGGGUCCCUCCCAGUUGUUGUUCGCUAACUUUUAAAGUUAACACGUGAUCUAGUUUGGCCCUCAAUCAUAAAAAGUGCACAGGUCUGAUCACAAAUCCCACUGACUUUGCACUGGAUUUAGUUGUGGCUCACGUAUGCUGGGUUACAACCAUUGCAUGGUGUUACUUUUCUACAAACAUCUGGAGCACUGCUUAUAUUAUUUUUUAAAAAAAAAAGUUUAGUGAAGUGCCCAGGACACCAUGUUGUUAGGAGCAGCUUCAGAAAUAGAACUGUUAUAGCAGAAAUGGCAGUGUGUAGUAGUUCUACUGUAUGGCACAGCACAGAUGAAAUGGGGGUGGGAAGUGUAGGCUGGAAGAUAAGGCUCUAAGAUGAGUUUUCUGCCAUCUAUAGCCCAGGUGUCAUCCUUCCUGCAUUAUUGCACUCAGUGGUUUGCUAAACUGCUUGAGUUGUCCCCAACACAGUUGUCUCCAGUUAUGAAUCCUGGUGCACAUUAAGAUCUUCCUUGCAACUCCUGUUCCAUGUGCUCUCAUCAUCUGAAUGGUGGGUGGUCACUAGAGAUCCAGCCUAUUCCACACUAGCACCCAAACCCUGGAACUCCCUCUCUGGGGAGAUUCCCCUUGUCCCUUCCUGGUUAACUAUCAGGUGUUUUGCAAAGGUGGUAUUUUCUGAGAGGGCCUCUGGGAUCUUCUGGUGUCUUGUCUUUUUACUGCCAUGAAUAGUUUUUCUGCUCUAAAGCUUCUUUUGAAUACGGAGUUUGUCUAAACAAUUUUGUUACAGUUUUAAGUACAGUGGUACCUCGGGUUAAGUACUUAAUUCGUUCCGGAGGUCCGUACUUAACCUGAAACUUUUCUUAACCUGAAGCACCACUUUACCUAUUGGGGCUUCCUGCUGCUGCUGCGCCGCCGGAGCACGAUUUCUGUUCUCAUCCUGAAGUGAAGUUCUUAACCUGAAGCACUAUUUCUGGGUUAGCGGAGUCUGUAACCUGAAGCGUAUGUAACCUGAGGUACCACUGUGUGAAUUUUUUUUAUCAAAAGGCAGGAUGCAAAUAUACAGGAAACUAAUUGUGACCGUUGUCUUCCCUAGUUGCAUGUCCCUCUGCUGCUUGGCUUUCUUUUGGAAGGAGCUGCUAUGCUUUACUUGAAGGAACGUUGGAGACUCUCGAUGAUACCAGGGAGGUCUGCAAGGGAAAUGGUAAUACAACUAAUCCCUCUCCAGUCCCUUUUUGAGUCACUAAUGAGAUACGUAGGCUGUGGCUAUGCUUGAGGGCUGCGUUGUUCUAGGUACAUUAUUUUUUUUGUAAUUAUUAUAUCUGUGACAAUAAGAUACAAUAAUUGUAGAUCAAGGGAGACUAGCCUAAGGCCCUUCAGAUGCUGUUGGGAGUGUUCAAAGCAUCUCACACAUUUUAUCCUCCCAACAGCUGUGUGAAGGGUUAUUGGGCUGUGGUUUUAUAUUUUGAUUUUAUUCUGUGAACCACCCUGAGACCUGAAGGUAUAGGGUGGCACAUAAAUUCAAUAAAUAAAUAAAAUAAGGCAGGGAUGGGAAACCUGUGGCCCAGCAGUAUAACCAGUAGUCAGGGAUGCUCGGGGUUAUAAUGCAGCAACCUCUAGAGGCCCAUAGUUAGUCGGCCAUCGGAGAUAGAAUGUUACUCUGAUCAGAGCAGCAGCUUUUCAUGCAGUACAGUGUUAUCAGUAUUUCAUCCUGUUUGAUGCUUCAGUGGCUGCUCUGAUUUAAUUUGCCCAGUCCAGAGUUUCUGGUAAUCUACCAUGUCCAGACUCCCGCAAAUUUACUUCAACAGGCUUUUAAUUGUGCUCUUGACCAUAUCCGGAGGGGAAAGGAGGGGAGCAGUUUGCUAUUUCAUUAUUAGCCCAGUCUUUUUAAAGCUUUUUUUUUUUUACAUUCUGGGAAUGCUUUCCACUUGGGAUUGUGUGCCACACAUGCUCCUGUAUGUCGCAGCAGACACUCUGGCAUAUUUGGGGCCACAGACACAAUUAACUUGGGUGGUUGGGCUUGUUUGUCUUUCAUGAAACGGGGGCGGGGGGUACACAAAACCUAAUAGUACUUGAGCAUAAGAAAAGGUCACAUAUGAGCACUAUUUCUGUUCAGUCUAUUUUAGACUAAGAUCUGACAAAGUGCUGGGAUUUGAUUUUUGGUGUUUGUUUGUUUGUUUCCCACCCACCCCUUCAAAUGUAGCAUCUGGAGCUGACAUUAUAAGCAUAAAUAACAAAGAGGAGAAUAGCUUUAUUCGGAGUACGUUCUGCACCCAUUGGCAUGGUCCGGAAUACAUAUCAUUGGGCAUGUUUUUUGAUACAGAUGGUAAGUGAACUGAAAUCUCAAAAGAAAUCUGACCUUGGUUUAAUUUUGAUGGUAUAAUCAAGCACAGGGGUCGGCAAGGUUUAUCUUGCCUGGGCCAGAUUGGUGUACGUGCGUGAGCAUACACACGUGUCCGUGAUUUCCAGCAUCUGCACAGACACAAUUUCUGGUGCUGCAGAAGCGAGUCCCCAUGCUGCGCUGCACCGGUUUAACGCAGCACGCAGGUGGCUCAGUUCGGGGGCAGCUCAUGGGCCGGUCAAACGACCUCCGUGGGCUCCUUCCAGCCCAUGGGCCUUAGCUUGCUGACCCCUGGUCAAGCAACUAAAGAACAAUCCUAAGUAAGUUCCAGUGAUCUCAAUAGAGCUUCCCUCUGAGGUGGCAGAGGACACUUUGUGGUGGUGGAGGGUUUGUGCUUGUGUUUGUUUUACUGCAAGAUGUUGUUACUAUUAGACCAUGUUCAGAUGUUACCAGUCAACCACGUAUUACCUUUAGCAGUACGAAGUCGAUAUGAGACUUGCUCUUCCCCCUCCUCCUGCAGGACAAGGACUGUAGCAGAUUUUCAUUUCACUUUCCAGAAGGCCUGGCACGUUUGUUACCCAUGAAACUAAGAUCAUAGCAUAAAACAAACUCUGGUUAAUUAUAAAAGUUAUCUUCAUAACUCCUGCUUUUGAAGCUAACUUUAGAAACUGACUAGAGUUUGUUUUAAACCAGGAUCUUUGCUUCUGGAAAGUGAAAUUAAACUUCCACCCACACAGGAGGUGCACACAAGGCAGAGACUUCUUCCUACACACACAAACCAGCCUUAAUGUUAUAGGACUUUAAAACUUGAAUUUUAUGUUGUUGCAGAAAACGUUUUCAAAUGGUACGAUCAAUCCAAAGUGAAUUUUACAAACUGGAUAGAGGAGGAAAGUAAUGAGGAGCUAAUAAACACCUGUGCUGUUAUGCAGACAUCAUCAGGCCGAUGGAAAAAAGCAGCCUGUGAGCACCUUCCACUGACUGAAGUCCUUUGUGAAACCUCCAGUAUGUAAUACCCACACUAUUUGUUAUACUAUAAAUGGUUUCUUAGUGCUAGAUUUCAGAGUUCAGAGAUUUGCAGGGAAUUGUCUUGGGCGCAAUUAGCACUGCUACGGGUAAUAAUUUUACUUUAAGAGCAUCUUCUAAACAUCUUCCCUUUAGUCUUAAGAGAUCAGCUACACAAAAUUUUGCAAGAUUGCUCAAGGAGGGUUAACCUUUGGGAAACUGUUUUUGUGAAUACCCCUAUAAAAAGCAUACCAGUACUAGCAUUGCUUUUGACUAGUUAUGGAAGAUUCUUGGAAAGGCGAUGGUGUUGGUUUGGUUCCUGCUUCCAGCUUUUAUCACAUUGGAACCGAAGGACAAGACUUCAUUUCUUAACAUCACAGAAGUCUUAAUUAACUGGAGCAGUCAUUUCUGCACAAUAAAGGAUUCUGCUCAUUUUCUGUCCCUUCCACAUGAACAUGAAGAUCUGGUGUUUCAGCACCUUAUACAGAAAUGAGCUUCUCAUAUGCAUACAGUGCACAACAUUCUUUAAUGCAAGUGAAUAGGAAAGGUUACUGGGAUUGGGGCCUGAAGAGCAUAGAAUGCUGUGUUCGAGAUUCAGGAUGUUAGAAAUGUCAGUUAUUACAGUGAAAGCAAAUUGCUGCUUUUAAGAUAAACACACAUUGACACCUUUCAUUUUCUUUUGCAUGUAUGUUUGCAGUUCCUUAUGAAAAGAAGUAUUUACCGGGUGAGUUAUCUUUUGGUUCCCCCCCCCCCAAAAAAAAUUCAGUACUUGAGCUUUGAAAAGAGAGCAUUUUCUCUUGGUUAUUCAGAGCUAUUGCGCUUUGUAAUUGAAUAAGGAAACUACAGCAUUCACACUUACCCUGUGAUCUGUGUACAUAUUCAAGUGGUUAAAGUUAAUGUCAUGGUUGUUAUUUGUUAUUAUUAUAUCAGUAUUUCAGGCCCAUUUACAUUGGUACCUCAGGUUAAGUACUUAAUUCGUUCCAGAGGUCUGUACUUAAUCUGAAACAGUUCUUAACCUGAAGCACAACUUUAGCUAAAGGGGCCUCCUGCUGCUGCCGCGUUGCCGGAGCCCGAUUUCUGUUCUCAUCCUGAAGCAAAGUUCUUAACCUGAAGCACUAUUUCUGGGUUAGCGGAGUCUGUAACCUGAAGCGUAUGUAACCUGAGGUACCACUGUAAUUUGGUUACAAGCAAGUAGCAAAUGACACCCAGAGUUCUGCAUUGUUACCCAGUAGUUUUACCCUGAUUUGGUGUCACAUAAGCUUUUUUAGAAAGGAGAUUGUGUAUAGACAUGCUUGUCACUAGUGGAUACUACUCUGUAGAACACCAGCAGCUUUGGGAAUAAAGUGCCAUAUAGAACAAGACUACGUGAAAGCAAAGAGGUGACGAAGUUUGUCUUGUGGGUAUGCUAUGAUAAAUUAACAUUCAUAUACUAUCUGAUGUUGUGUAUAAUGAAAAAUGUGAGACUGUUGUCCACCGAGCUACCUUUGUGUUCCAUGGUAACUUGUAGAAAAGGAGCUAUUUUCUAAAUAGUUGCAAACUGGUAAUUAGAUCCAAGCAAAGAGGCAAUCACUACUAUUAGUGUGCCAAGUGUGAUAGCAGAUAAACAUUUAGCUGUAGUGUAGAAAGAAUGUACAUAAUUUGACUACAUCCCAUUGACGGAAUCCCUGUAUCGUUUCAGAUGAAACCGCUUGGACAACUACCUUAGUCAUAACUUCAACAGUAAUUGUGGCAGUGUCUGCAGCAUUUCUCUGGUACCUAUAUCAAAGGAGGGUUUCUUCUGGAACAGGAUGUACUGCAUACAGUUCUACCACUCAAGUGCCAAGCAGUGAUGAAGUGGUUCUUGUAGAAGAAGAAAAUGAAUAUACUGCCUAAACUGUAUUUAUUUAUAACAUAAUUACAGAAAGAACAACAGUGGCUCCCAAGAAAUAUACCUCAAGGAAAAGACAGUCUGACAUUAUUCCACAUGAAGAUGAAUGACCUUCAAUGGUAAAUUAAAUUGCUCUUACGCACAGGAAGUAAAUUUCCAUCCAUGCAACUGUUGUACCAUUUUCACAAACUGCACUUUUAUUCUAUUGUGUUUUUCACUAUGCAAAAAGGCCUUGGCACAAAUUGAACUACCAGUUUGGUUGCGGGAGAGGUUAAGGCUGGCUAGAGGAGAAACAGCAGCAGAUACAGUCCAGCCAAAUUUAAGCACUUCCACAGUUGCUUAAUAUCUGCAACUGCCGGCCUUCACAGUGUUUAGCUUUGGCUAGGUAAUAUAAUGGAGGAAAGGACAGCUGUACAUAGAAACCUGCCAUUCGUCCAGAAGUAAGUGGUCUCCUACAUCCAGAGAUUCACCUCUAUCACUCUCACCUUAAGCUAUUGUGCUAAACUUUGAAGAUUAUGUUGUGCCUGAAGAACUUUUAAAAGCCCACACCUGAAGCCCUUAUUUACAUUAACAAAUGGCAUCGAGAAACAAAUGACAAACCACAAUUAUACAUUUUUCAAUUGUUUCUGAAAUCAGAAUUCCAGUUGUAGAUUGGAACCAUCUGCAGAAAAGGUAGGUUUUGUUAUUAUAAGUUUCACCAUAAUACUAGGGGUGGUCCUGUUGUCAAGUCUAAGAUGUUAUUUCACAUAGCCUCCACAAAAGUUUCUUGGAGCAUGUAGUAAUGCCAUCCUUCAUACCUUUAAUCAUGAGGCCAUGCCAAGUGUUUUUUAAAAAUUGGUCUUCCAAGCUGAAAUGUUGCAUACUAUAGCUAUCUGACAAAACUCCAUACCCGAAUGUGUUAAUAUAGGAGUUGGCAGUGGUGGGGAAAAUCAUGCAUGUGUACAUGUCUCUAUAUUUUCAUGUGUAUAAUUCUGAUAUAAAUAAAUAUCUAGUUAUAUGAAUUCUUUUUGAGAAUGACAGAUGGAAGGCAGAACCCUCUUACACCAUUUGUUUUAACACUAUCAAUUUGCCAUUGGUCCCAAAGGAAUCCUUCAAAAUACUAGCAAAGAAACCCAAACAAAAAUUUGAUUUUAAAUUACUCCAGUAUGAAAGAAACAUGUAUUUUCUUGGUGCCAUAUUCCAAAAAGUGUUAUUGGGGUUGUUGUUGGUAAACAAAACCUGACAUUAAUUAGGAGAAUUCCACUGUGCUAUCAGGAAGCCCUGGAAAAACAAAACAAAGAUGCCUAGCAGGAAUAUGGUGCUUAUAGUAAAUAAAAGAGAAUUUGUUUUUUCAAAAGAGCAUUGCAAAUAAUAAAUCAGUAUUGCAGGUUUGAGUACUAUAAGCAUCUUAAUUCAAGUGCUGAAGUAAAACCACCAUGGAGAAGCAUUAAUCCCUAGAGGGGGAAAACUAUGGGGUCCAACAUGCUCCACUGCAUUCUGUAACGGUUAUUUUUGGAGAGAGGGUACCUGCAGAAAUAUAGUCAUGCUUUCUUUUGCAAAAUCAAACAAUGCAUUCUAGUGUUAAAGUGUAUACCCAUAUAAACAAAAUUAUACAGGCAAAAUGCUGUUAUUCCUCUCGACCCUAUUUCGAGAUGUUGGUGAGGAUAACCCAAAGUGGCUUAGGAGUUUGAGACACCAUUUCUCAUUCAUUUGAAUAGAGGCAUAUGGGAUCAUCUGUGGCUAGUAAAUGUAACUUUAAAAAGGAAAUGGAGGGAGAGGAAUAACAUACUGCAGGACAACUGAACCCAUUAUCAUUCAGAAGUAUAUGGCUCAUGAAAUAUUCCUAAUCUGCAAAAACCAGUUUGCAAAUACAUCAAAUAGCUGCUGGGGUCCACAGCAAUCAAACGGAGAGGGGGGGGGACUAAAGGUGAUUAGGCCUUCCUAGCAUUAUACACAUUAAGUAGUUCAAUAAAGCAGUUUAUAGUAAAACAAUAACAAAGUACUGAAAGAUGUGUGUUUGAGAGAGUAAGCACCAUCAAUUCCUGAAAUGAUUGAGCAAGGGACAAUACUAUGCAGGAAGUUUACCAUAUGUUAAAUUGCAACUAGUAGCUCAACUGAACUAGCACUUAAACCCAGAGAGAUGUGCAAUCUGUUUAAGUGCACAAUUACACUUAAUAAGCUAUCAAUCAUUUGAAUACUUUACCAUAGACAUCACAUCCUAACUGAUCUAACACUAGUAAGUCUUCAAAUAACUGCAUGCCAGUCACCGGAAAAAGCAAUCCAAUUUUGGUUAGAAAGGUGGCACUAAAUACAUAUUACUUAAAAAUGAAUUUAAUUCUGAACAUGUCAUAAGGGGAGUUUUAUAUAGCUCAUCAACAUCAAUGUAAAAUCAUUUCAGGUUUUAUCCUGGUGACUUGCGUUUUUUAAACUGGGUUUACUAACCUUCUGUGUUCACAGUAGGGCCAUCUAGAUUUCGCUGCCAACUGCUCUCUAUGCUACUACAGAGAUUCUCCCUGGAAUCAGAACAGCUACAGCAAUUGCCAAGGUUGGAAGGGGGGGGAGAUUAUGGUUACAGUUCUUAGAUCAUUAAAUAGCUUUCACAACUUAAACCAUACUAUAGAACAUCUGCAAAGGAUUAGAAAUAGCCUCUCCUUCCUUGCUGAAAGGUUUCAGAAGGUCAUCUUAGGUCUGUAUUCAGAUAUGGGGAAUUCAUUAGUUUUCUUGAUUUUAAUUCUGGCACUUCAAUCCUGUCUUCCAAAUGUUCCUUUCAUACUGCAAUACCUGCUGCAUUAUGGAACUGUGGCUUUUGGGCCUGCAUAUUAUGCUAAAUUUCAUUCACACCAGUGGCCAUGGUGUGUGACAUAAUGAGCAGCCUCCUACAAUGUCACUACUCCCAAUCCUUUCUUCCUGAAGGCACGGAGGAUGUUCUGUCUUGACAAGCUGAAAGACCUGUGUAGACAGAACUAUCAACUAUCAGAAGAACACAAGGCUGAAUUCUCCCCAGAAUUUUAAAGAACUUAAAUGCAGAUUGCAGUUUAGAAGACAAGUUGUACACUAUUAUCUACUGUAUUUUAAGAAGGCAGGCAAUUCGUAUGCAUUGUAAUUUUUAUUUAACAAACAAGUGACAACACUAGAAAACACAUUGAUAACCAGUGCUUCAGCAGUGAAUGUGGGUUCUAAAAAAGGUUCAUUAAGAUAAAUAGCUUGGUUAAGAUUCUAAACCAUAAGUUUUAUUCCUUCCAGGAAUGCUGAAAUGCAAGUGUUUACAGCUGCAAUUCCUUACCGGAACUUCUACACAAUAUUAUUAUCAAAUAUAAUCAGCAGUUUCAAAAUCAAUACUUAUAAAAGCCAUAAUUAACGCUUAUUAGUAGCCCCUUGCAAAUUUAUUGCUUUGAGUUAAACAUUCCUCAAGAAAAACUUAGAAACUUAACACUAACUUCACAGAACCCAUUCAUUCCCUCACUCAACCUUGGUUAACACUGGAAGCAAAAUAAAAGAGAGUUCCCAAAGGUGUUUUAAAAUGGAAAGCUAACACAGAACUAUCUCCUCCCCAUGACUUGCAAACACACUUUAAUGUUACCACUUAGAGCCAGUAGAAGAGCAAAAGUUGAGAAACAUUUUCCAGAAGUUUAUACAAAAGGAGAUCAUUUGCCUUACACGUAAAAAUCUGUUAUUUUAGAAGAAGGCAUACAUGUCAUAAUCUCAAAGGAGAAACAACACACUUGCAGGUCUCUCGAUACCAAUGUGCAACAGCAAAUUUUUGAAUUCAGCAAUGCGUCAGAAAUCUAAUAGCAUUCAGUGUUUUACAAAACAUAUGCAUACUGAUGGUACUUGUGCCAGUUGAGUAUCCACCCGGUCCUUCCAUUCACAUUUAUGCAGCAUCAAGUGUUCUGUCGAGUUCACCAUCUUCAGAAUCAUCAUCAUCAGAAGCUGCUGAAGGUACACAACCCAAUCAAAAACCUUUCUACAACUCUAAGGUACAGGAAGCAAUUUUUAAAUUGAAGACGAACAUGUUUAACAUAGCAUAUAUGUAAUUU